AUUCGCUCGCGGCACGUCACGUCCAUUUUUUGUGUGUCGUAUUGUAUUUUUACUUUUCGUUUGUUUGUAAUCGAUUGCUCAUUGUAGAAUGUGAAUUUUAUCCAUUACAAUAACCUAUUAACGCAUUUAAUCAAAUUUAUAAUAGUUUCAACCCAAGAAAGUAACUAUCAUCGUUCACCAUGCCGCGGAUCAUGAUAAAAGGAGGUGUUUGGCGUAACACAGAGGAUGAAAUUCUUAAAGCAGCUGUUAUGAAAUAUGGCAAAAACCAAUGGUCUCGAAUUGCGUCUUUGCUUCAUCGGAAAUCUGCUAAGCAAUGCAAAGCUCGGUGGUACGAAUGGCUCGACCCAAGUAUCAAGAAGACGGAAUGGUCUCGAGAAGAGGAUGAAAAGCUUUUGCAUUUGGCCAAGUUGAUGCCUACACAAUGGAGAACGAUUGCGCCUAUUAUUGGUCGCACAGCGGCGCAAUGUUUGGAAAGAUACGAAUAUUUACUGGAUCAAGCUCAGAAGAAGGAAGAAGGGGAAGAUAUGGGGGAUGAUCCCCGGAAACUAAAACCUGGAGAAAUUGAUCCUAACCCUGAGACCAAACCUGCUAGACCUGAUCCUAAGGAUAUGGAUGAAGAUGAACUUGAAAUGCUGUCUGAAGCUCGUGCCCGUUUGGCUAAUACACAAGGUAAAAAAGCAAAGAGGAAGGCUCGUGAAAAGCAGUUGGAGGAAGCACGUCGUUUAGCUGCAUUACAGAAAAGAAGGGAGUUGAGUGCUGCGGGGAUCGCUGUUCCUAUUAGACGUAAGAAGAAAAGAGGUGUUGACUAUAAUUCGGAAAUCCCUUUCGAAAAGAGGCCAGCACCAGGCUUCUAUGACACCUCAACUGAGGUAGUUGACCCCAUGGCACCUGACUUCUCCCGUUUGAGACAACAGCAUCUUGAUGGAGAAUUGCAGUCUGAAAAAGAAGAGCGUGACCGUCGUAAAGACAAACAAAAGCUCAAACAGCGCAAAGAAAAUGAUAUGCCACAAGCUAUGCUUCAAGGAGACCAGCCUGCUCGCAAGCGCAGCAAGCUUGUUCUACCAGAGCCACAAGUGACUGAUCAGGAGUUGCAGCAGGUGGUGAAGUUGGGUCGCGCGUCGGAGGCGGCGCGCGAGUCGGCGGGCGAGGCCGGCGCCCCCACCGACGCGCUACUGGCCGACUACGCGCUCACGCCCGCGCCCGCCACAGCGCUGCGGACGCCCGCGCAACACAGGGACAGGAUUCUGCUGGAGGCCCAGAACGUGAUGGCGUUAACUCACGUGGACACUCCGUUGAAGGGCGGUCUGAACACUCCGCUGCAUCAUUCUGACUUCUCUGCCGCGUUACCGCAACCGCAAGCACUAGCCACGCCCAAUACAGUACUCGCGACGCCAUUCAGGGACGUACAGUGUAAAGAGAUAUCGAGUACUAGGUCGUUACGUAGUGAAGUAUCAACGCCUGGUAGUUUCAACACGCCCAGCCAUGCCACUGGACAACCAGGAUUACUUACCCCUGGCUUACGUGACAAACUCAGCAUCAACCCAGAAGAUAGGCUAGGAGGUGGAGACACGCCUCAAGUGGCGAAUCAAAUGCAAAAACAGUUGAAGGCGUCAGUUCGUACAGCGUUGCAAUCGUUGCCGGCGCCGCGUAACGACUACGAGAUAGUGGUGCCCGAGCAUGAGGACGAGGCGAGUGAUUCAGCACCAGCCUCCCUCACAGUGGAAGAUCAGGCCGAUGCUGACGCUAGGAUGCUGCGGGAUCAGGAAGAGAGGCGGUUGGCGGAGCUAGCUCUGCGGUCUAGUUGCGUACAGCGCGGGCUGUGCCGGCCCUGGGACGUGAACUUGUCCGUGCUGCGGUCGGGGGGAGGCGCCCCCCUCACGCCGCUGCAGCACGCCGAAGAACUGCUCAAGGCGGAGAUGGUCACCAUGCUGCACUACGACGCGCUGCGGGACCCGCCCACAGGAACAGAUAAGAAGCGAGCGGUGCAACUUCAAGCAGCCCACUUGGCUUAUUUAGAACAACAUCCAUAUGAGGAAUUCUCAGCUGAGGAAUUGGAUGCGGCCAAGCAUGAGCUGAAAAAAGAAAUGGAGGCAGUGAAAGGUGGCAUGGGACACGGCGAUCUUAGUAUGGAUGCUUAUACACAAGUCUGGGAAGAAUGCUUGGCUCAGGUACUCUUUUUACCCGGUCAAAAUAGAUAUACACGUGCCAAUUUAGCUAGUAAAAAAGACAGAUUGGAAUCAGCUGAGAAAAGAUUGGAACAAAACAGGAAUCACAUGGCUAAGGAGGCGAAGAAGUGUUCCAAAAUGGAGAAGAAACUAAGGGUUAUUACAGGUGAUAACGGCUGAAAAUAACUUAAUACUAUUGCUGAACAGAGAAUUUCGUAUACUGACCUUUGUACUUACCGUAGAUGUUUUAGGUUCACUUUUCUAUAUAAAAAUUGACUAGUUGCAAAUAUGCGCUCGCAAUAAAAAUGUUUGCGCAUGAGUACGAAAUUCUUUCUGUUCAGCGAUCGUGCUGUAGAGACGUUCGACGUUCGCGCUAUGGUUAGAAGUUAAGCAACUUUCUAAAAGGCCAGUCAUAGGAUGGGUGGCUAAAAAUUAAUUAUCUCGAGUUUCUUUGUGCUUCGGAAUACAAGUUAAGCUAAUGGGUCCGGCUGUAUCCGCAGUCGUUGUCUCCCACCAAUCCGCAAUGGGCUAAUGUGAUGGGUCAUAGUCUAUUCUCCAUAUCUUUAUCGGUUCCAGUCCAUUUAGUGAAGGCUCGUACAUACAUAGGCUGGUAAUGAAAUGUAAAACGUAUGUAAACUGUGUGAUAAGGUGGGUAUCAAAGUCGAGCGGCGUCGUUACUGAAGCAGUUCCAGGAGCUACAGGAACAGAUCGAGCAGGCCAAUCUCGAGCUCUCCACAUUCAAGUUCCUCGCAGAACAAGAGAAGGCUGCUAUACCGCGUAGGAUAGAGUCACUGACGGAGGACGUCAAUCGUCAAACGGACCGUGAAAAACAAUUACAGAAGAAAUAUAGUGAACUUCAAACAGAGUUAGAAGAUAUUCACAAAGGAAGACAACCAAAGGAGAGCGAAGCGAAGAGUACAGAUGAAUAAAAGUACAUUAUAAUAUUAAUGAGUAGAGGAUUAAUAGAAAUAUUAAAUUAAACAAAUAUUUGAUAAUCUGACUGAUACACAAAACGAAUAGCUGGUGAAUCGUGAGACGAGAUAAUUACAUAAUACAUAACUAAUAUAAAAUGGCACACUAAAUAGAAAUAAAAUUACAUGUUUAUGUAAAUUUAAUAAAAUAAAAUGUCAACAUCAU